GAAAGAAUUUAAUCAUCUGGCAUCCAUAUGCUACAUCCAAUCCAUUAUACUCGUCAUAAGCUCGCUCUCCUCUAGCAUAUCUUUUUUUCUCAUCACGAUGACCAUCACUUGGAGCGUCAAAUAUGCAGACACUGAAAAUUUACACUUCACUCACAAUUUUUUCUCCCGGGUGACACAAUAUUUCCUGGAUUUGGUUCCAGGUGUUAUAUCCAAAUCAUCCGAAGUACAUGCUUCAUUGGAGAGAAUAACGGAGUUUUUGAAUACACAGGAAAUUUCUCCCAGGUCAGUGACUUCAUCCAAUCCAGGAGUGAUUUUGAAUCAAGUCAAUGUGGAAAUAAAUGGGACACAAAUUCUGAAAGAGAUAUCCUUAUCAGUGGAUCGAGGGCUCUAUUUAGUCACAGGGGAUGGUGGAAGUGGAAAAACGGUUUUACUGAAGACCCUCCUAGGUGAUCUUCCUGCGAAAACAGGCCAGCUGGAGAUAAGUGGAAGCAUUUCCUAUGCUCCUACAGAUUUCUGGUUCUUUCCAUCAUCAAUCAGGCAGAACAUAAUUUUUGGACAAGAAUAUAACGAGAAAAGAUACAAAGAAGUACUGUCACUCUGCGCCCUCGAUGAAGAUAUCAACAAGUUUGAACGAGGAGAUAAAACUCUUUUAGGGAACCACGAAGUAAGCCUUACCAAAGGACAACAAGCUAGAAUCAGCCUUGCCAGAGCAGUGUACAGAAAAACUGAUAUAUACUUGUUUGAUAAUUGUUUGACUCAUCUGGACCCCCAGGUGAACAUGAACAUUUUCAAAAGGUGUGUCAUGGAUUUCUUGAAAGACAAGUUGGUUGUUUUCAUCACACGCAACCUCAGUCACAUCAAACUAGUUUCCCCUCACCAAAUUCUAUUCAUGGAAGACGGGAGAUUGUACGUGAACGAGCGAAAUGAAGAAUUGAACCGGAAAAUCACCCAUUAUGUUUCUGGUCCUGAUGAUUAUGAUUUCGAUGAGGACGAAGAGCAUCAUCAUCUUCAAGCAGAUGAAAGCACUGGACUCUUGGAAUCAGAUGUGGAAAUAUAUUCCAGAAACAUCCAUCAUGAAGAGAAACAGUUGGGUGAAGUGAAGCUAUCUGUGUAUAUGUGUUAUUAUAAGUUUUCUCAAGGGCCCUACAUGUUACCAUUAUUGGUGAUGUGUUAUGUUGCAUUUUCCGUGUCGACCUACUACACUGAAAACUUUCUGAAUAAAUGGGUGGAUAUGGAGCCGAAUGUAACAGAUAUCGUAAGAUACAAAAAUACUAACUCCUCGAAGUUGUCAUCAUUACUAGAGGACAGGAAUUACUACUUGAAUUUCUACUGGGUGCUCAUAGUAACAGUUGUUGUUCUUAUUUUCGUCAGAACGUAUUUGACUUUAUUUUACAGUCUUAGUGCGUCGAUAAUAUUGCACAAGCACCUCAGUAGAUCUAUUCUGAAUUCUUUCAUGACAUUUUUUGACAGUCAUUAUAUUGGGAAUAUUAUAAACAGAUUCUCCAAAGACCUUAGUACUCUAGACGAAACAAUUCCUGCAGUUAUUCACGAUCUCCUCAAGAGUAAUGUUGAAAUGAUUGGCCUCAUCAUAUUGGUUUCUUGUACGAAUCCAAUAUUAUUGAUACCCAUAGGAGUGCUUAUGUUAGUUCUUAGAAUGAUCCAAAAGUUUUAUCUGAUAGCAGGAAGGAGUAUCAAAAGAUUGGAGUCAUCGACAAGGAGUCCUAUGAUAGGUCACCUGAAUGCCACACUAGAGGGUCUAUUGAGUGUUCGUGCUUUCGAAAAUCAUUCUCUUCUCAUUGAAGAAUUUGAUGAACACCUGGAUCAUUUCACUUCUGCAAGUUAUUUAAUGAAUGCAUUAAUGAAAGCCCUUUCACUUUAUGGUGCUCUGAUAUGUUCGGUCUUCAAUGCAGUGGUGAUAUUGAAACUCGUCAUUUUCAACGCAGAUACAGCAGCUGGGGAUGUUGGGCUGGUGAUUCUACAAGCCUCACAUUUAUCCAGUGUUCUACUUUCGUGGAUACGUCAAUUUGCUGAUUUCGAAAGCUACAUGACUGCUACGGAAAGAGUUCUUGAAUAUAUAGACAUACCCACUGAGAAUCGAAAAAGUGGCCAGAUCAGAGAAAAUUGGCCAAAAAAUGGAAAUAUUGAAUUUCGAAAUGUAUCACUCAUCAACAGUUUUACGAAACAGCCACUGUCGAAGAAUUUGAGUUGUGUUAUCCAAUCAAAAGAAAGGAUUGGUAUUGUUGGUAGAACGGGAGUCGGGAGGUCAUCAAUCUUAUCUAGUUUAUUCAGGCUAUAUAAUAUAAAUGGAAGUAUAAUUAUAGAUGAAGUGGACAUUAAAGGGCUAUCUCUAGAGUUUCUCAGGUCGAGAAUGACUAUAAUUCCCCACGAUUCUAUUCUUUUUCCAGGAACUUUACGCUCCAAUUUAGAUCCAGACAGGAUAUUCUUGGAUGGAGCCAUAUGGAAUGCUCUAGAAGCGGUGAAUAUGAAACCUCUCAUCCAGGAUUUGCAAACUGAAAUCAAUAGAAAAGAAUACAUCAGCUGCGCUCAGAAACAUCUUAUAUGUCUUGCUAGAGCACUGCUUCGAAAAAACAAAAUCAUUGUUUUAGAUGAACCAACAGCUAAUCUUGAUUCGGCUACAUGCAAGUUACUUCAAAGUACGAUGAGAAAACGAUUUUGUGAGUCCACCGUUCUGAUAGUCACUCAUAGAAUGGAUAUGGUUCUGGAUGCAGAUCGAGUCAUGGUUAUCGAUCACGAAGGUAUUGUGGAAUUUGAU